GCGUGAAUGUAUUGCGCUGGUGUGCGUCCAAGUGUGUGUACGCAGUUAGCCUCCAUUUUUGUGUUGUUUCUUGUGGCAGAAGGUCAUUUCGUCGGUUAAAAACUUACCCGAAAAGUGCACUUAAAAAUGCAAUCUCUUCGUAAAACUACAACCUGGAUGAUUCCCAGCGGAAUGAGAAUCGCUCGCAUGAGCGCCGGCGAGAUGGGAAGCGGUGCCGGCAAGGGUGGCGGUGGCGGUGGAUCGAUCCGUGAAGCCGGCGGUUCCUUCGGCAAAAUGGAGGUUGCUCACGAGGAAGAGUAUUUCUACAAACAGCGUCAAGAGCAGCUGGCUAAGUUGAAGAAGCAAGCCAUCAACCAGGAAGAUUUCCACUCGGAAUCGAUUAAACAUCACGAGGAAGCCAUCGCUCGGCAUAAGAAAGCGAUCGAGCAGCUGAAGAAACACUAACAAACCGAUCGCUCGAUCAGCAUCGUGAAUCCGGCACGCGGGUACUUAAUGUAUUUGUUUUUAUUGUUGGUGCAUUUGCAACUCUAAAACCUUUGGUUUGAGUAUUAUAUCCCCAUGUGUCUGCCCGGUAUCCGUUGACGAUGGUGGUGGUGGGAUGUUAGAGGUGCUUUCGGACGGUUUAGAAUAAAUUAGCGAUUUUAAUUCACAUAUCACCAUCCGGUAAUGAUUCAGCAUGA